AUGGAUGAAGAACAGAUGGACGGAAGAAACAAUAAUUUAGACUGUCAAUUCUCAUUUCCUAGAGAGCUCGAUGAUAAUGAUGCACUCAACCUUUCCCUCUCUCUUCCAACAACAUAUAGAUACACUCCUCCAUCCCCACCACCUCUAUCUCCGGCACCGCCACUGCCACCCUUACCACCCUCUUAUCCAUUACUUUAUCUUUCCUCCUUAACUGUUGACCCUUCACUAUCACCUUUUUUUUGUCCUGCUAAUUUAACAUGUACAACCUUUAAUUCUGAUCCUUCAACAUCUACUUCCUCAAUAGCAUGUCCUGAACCUUGUCUUUCACGUAAUCUUCGCACCCGUCGUCGUAACCCUACACAAGCACAAGCACAAGCUCAAGCUCAAAGACAAGGACAAGGACAAGCUCGUCCAGGUAGGAAGACUGAAACAAUCCCUAUUCCUUAUCAGUGGGCUACCAACCGUCGUGCUACUGUACAUAACCUUGAACAUCUUUUAUCAAUUGGAAUACAAAAUAUCUCUGGUGAAGUCCAAUGCAAAAGGUGUGAACGUAAAUAUGAGAUUGAAUAUGACCUCAAAAGCAAGUUCAUUGAAAUAGCAAGUUUCAUUGCGGUAAACAAGAGUAAGAUGCAUGAUAGAGCUCCUAAAGAAUGGAUGAAUCCUUUGCUUCCCACAUGCAAAUAUUGUGAGCAAGUAAAUAGUGUAAAACCUAUUAUUGCAGACAAGAAGAAGGAGAUCAAUUGGCUUUUCUUGCUUCUUGGUCAGAUGCUUGGGUGUUGUACUCUUGAUCAGUUGAAAUACUUUUGCAAGCACACAAAGAAUCACCGUACAGGCGCCAAAGAUCGUGUUCUUUAUCUUACAUAUCUUGCCCUAUGCAAACAACUUGAUCAUGUUGGGCCCUUUGAUCGCUAA